UGGAAACUAUAAUACAUGGUCAAGUUGGUCCAUUUGUACACUUACGUGUGGGUCUGGGAUUCAAACCCGUGCACGAGUUUGUAACAACCCAACACCUGUACACGGGGGAAUGGAUUGUAUAGGAGAAGAUACGGAAAUGCAGUCAUGUAACAAUGAAGUCUGUCCAGUCAUACCUUACGGACAAGGAUGUAAACUCAACAGCGACAAGUGUGAGGGUGAAAAUAUAGAGUGUUCUCGUGGGAAAUGUCGCUGUACAGCACAUCAUUAUCAUGAUGGGGAUACAUGUAUUUCUAAAACAAGCAUUUACCCUUCGACCGACAGAGUUACAAUUAUUGUAGGAAGCGUUUCUGGUGUCAUAAUAAUCAUCUUGGCAGUUUUCGCCAUCUUCAUUACAGUGUUAUACAGACGGAAAGCCAAUAAAGAGUUGACACGUAAUGAAAGACCAUCAAAUCCAGUUUAUUACAACACGGAUACCUCCGAAUUUAAAGUUAUAUCAACGGCUGUCGUAAAAAAAAACGUCUCCAGGGAAGGCAGCACUAAUGAAAGUCAGUACACUAGCUUGGAUAGCGACCUCAAGGACACAGGUUCACCAUAUGAUGUUAUUAAAGUUAAUUAAGACGAAAUUGAACUUUGACAUGUUGUUAGACACUAAACUAUGGAAGCACAAAACGCAACCAUGCAAAGCGAAGCCAUAUAAUUUUGAUUAUAAACUGAUUAAAAAUUUGCAUUGAGACUUGGCGUGCCUCUUUAGAAAACAGAAAGCAAAAACGGAGUAAUUAGCGUUUUGUUGAAAAAGGCACAUUUUAUCAUGUAAUGUCUGAGGCGAGCGUAGAUCUAAUAACAUUAUUACUUUAUUUUUUCAAUGCAACAGCUAUUUUGAUAAUAAUAUAUAUUGCGAUUUUAGACGAUGCUAGGGGCAAUAUUUCAUUAUAUCUCAAGAACAAACCCGGUCUGACUGGGCUUGUACAAAAACCUGGAGUGGAGUGAAAUGGAGCUGAAUCAUAGAGUAUGGUCUUGGGGUAGAAUUUGGGAGUGGAGGUAUGGAGAGAGAACAAUUGACUUUUAAAUGCAAACAUAUCUUUAAAAAAAUAUUUUAAAAAGUUGGAUUACAGUAUAUUUCAACAAAUACAUGUGUCAGUCUAAGGAAAAUGAACACAUUUGCUUUUUAUGACGUCUGAAGACAAUAAGGAGGGGUUUUAGAGCAUUUACCAGGUUAAUGAUUCCUGUUGUCGAUAUAGUUUGUUUGUGUGUUUGUUUGUUUUGGGUUGAACGCCGUUUUUCAACAGUAUUUCAGUUAUGUAACCGCAGGCAGUUAACCUAACCAGUGUUUCUGGAUUCUGUACCAGUACAAACCUGUUCUUUGCAAGUAACUGCAAACUAACCAACAUGAAUCAGAGGUGAAGGACGAAUGAUUUCAGACAAAAUGUCUGUUAUCAAAUCGUCACGGAGAACAUACACCUCGUCCGGGGAUCGAACUCCCGACCCCGCGAUCCAUAGAUCUACGCUCUCCCUACUGAGCUAAGCGGGCGGGUUAUGUCGAUAGAACAGUUUAAUUGGAUGGCAGAUGUAUGAUCUAAUAUGUCAACAAUACACAUGAUUUUAUCAUCCCGGAACAUUAAUUACUCUCUAGAGGUCACUUAUAACACUACUGAUUUUUGGUAUUUAGAACCAUAUAUUUUGCCGUACUUUUUACGUACCAUUAACCAUGUGUACAUAUUUUCGCUUUAAUCUACCCAUACAGUAUUAUAGUUAAAAUUCCCUGUUUUCCUAAAUAAUAUCAAUCUAUGUUGAUCCUGUUUUAUCCUAAGAAAUAUUAGUGUUUGAAAUUUAAUAACCCACACUCAAGUUACUACUCUAAGACUCCACUCAAAAAUUUAACAUCAGCACUCCACUCCAGGAUUCCAAUCCACGACCCCACUCCAACAUUCCACUCCAGAUUA